UGAAACUAGUUCCUCGUUCACUGAGUUGUACACUCAUAAGCAUAAGUUGUAAACAAACGAAUGAAUCAAUCAAUGAUUGUGGAUUAUUUUGAUUGUAUUAUAAAUAAAAAUUGACAUGGCAAAUUCAAAUAAAUUAAGUGAUAAAAAUCUCUAUGAAAUAUUGGGAAUUGACUUAGAGGCCGAAGAAAGUGAAAUCCGGAAAGCGUAUCGGAAAAAGGCCUUAGAAUGCCAUCCAGAUAAGAACCCUGACAACCCAAAGGCAGCCGAGCUUUUUCACGAGCUAUCGAAGGCAUUAGAAGUUCUAACCGACGCAGCAGCUAGAGCGGCUUACGACAAAGUUUGGAAGGCUAAGAAAGCGGCCGAGGUUCGCCAUAAACAAUUAGAUUCGAAACGACAAAAGCUAAAGGAGGACCUGGAACGAAGGGAAAAAGAUGCACUAGAUAAUAUAUACUCAAAAAGUCAGAAAACUUAUAAGGUGCCGAAAACGGAUGAGGAAAUACUCAAUGACCAAAUUGAACGUUUACGAAGAGAGGGGUCCCGCUUACUUGAAGAAGAGCAGAGAUUACUCAGGGAACAGUUACAAAACACUUUAGUGGGACAUCAAAGAACAGACGACACCGCUUCUAAGCCACAUCGACUGAAGAUUAAAUGGAAUUCAAAUAAGAAGGAUGCUUCAAACGGUGGCUACUCCGACGACAAUUUAACAAAGUUUAUGAAGAAGUAUGGUGAUAUCAUUGCCUUGGUAAUGAGCAAAAAGAAUGGAAGUGCCCUUAUCGAAUUCAAGUCACGGGAGGCUGCGGAAAUGGCUAUGACGUACGAAAAGGGCCUAAUUGAAAACCCCUUGCAUAUAGAGUGGGUGGACGAAACAGCCAAAUCGAGUGAGGCAAAUAAAUCUCAACAAACAAGUAAAACAACACCACAGGACUAUGAAGACUUGGUGAUGCGGAAACUGAGACAGGUUGAAGAACGAAAACGUUUAAUAGAGCAAAUGUUAAAAGAAGAAGAAAACGACUAAAUACAUUGUGGUUAAAAAUA